CUUUUUGUUUGUUAUUAGUUUUUGGUUUUUUUUUUGUAGAUAUAAUCAGUGUCAUUAUGAAAACUAUGUUAAUACAUAAUUCAUUUUCGAUUCACUAGUCAAAAUGUUAUCAGUAAUUCAUGUUUACUUCUAGUAUAAAGUAAUCCCCUAAUAUAAGGUAAUAAUACUGAAGUCGCGCUAUAGGGGUUGCUAUGUGAACGACUGUGGAGUUCUCUUUAAUUAUAAAAUUGAACGUUUUAUGAUUAAAUGGAGAAGCUGUUUCAUAAUAUUUCUUAUUUGUAUAUUUCAUUUUAAAAAUAAGUAAUUUAAUUUGUUCAAACAGAAUUAUAAUUCUUAAAGAUUGAAUCAAAUCAAGAUUGAUUGAAAUCAAGGGAAAAUAUAACAAGUAAGUUGUAGUUUGUUAAAAAUGCUGUUUGAAUAACGGAGUACGUCUAAGAGACGUAAGAUUAUCUUUUACUCCCAUUUAAGUUUGGUCACGCCAGCCAGUUUGACUAUACCUCUGAGGUAUAAGAUUAUUCUUCUAGUUACCCAAUGACCAUUGAGUUAUUUAAUACAUUCGUAUUGGUGGCACAUGACAGUGACAGGUGACACUGUGACAGUGACACUUGAGAGUUGAUUUGAUACAAAAUCGUUUCAUUUAGUACCUAAAUAUGUUUACAAUAUAUGAUAUAUGUCAAUAAUCUAUCAAGCUAAUCAAGUUACUAGUUAUCUUAUAUUACUAGGUACCUAGUAUAAAAAUUAUUAAUGAAGAAAAAAAUAUUGAUGUGUGCUAAUAAAACUAAGAUGUAAACUAGGUAUUUUCUUUUAAUCUCAACCAACACCUACCUUCAAACUUGUUUUCUCAUAUUGCGAUGAAUAUAAUAUAUUCCAAGCUGUUGUACUUUAAUCAGGGUGAACAGUUAUGUGGAGGUGAAUUAUUUAUUUUAUAAUUGUCUUUAUCCAUGCAAUCAUGAAAAAAGUAGUAUUAUUCAAGAAAGAGUCGGAAGACUAUGUGAAAGCAUUUCACGAGUGUAACUACAGAACUGUGUUUGUGGAGCCGCUGCAGUUCGAGUUAACUUGUAAACAAGAAUUGACAGAAAAACUUCUUCAGGAUUACACAGGCAUUGUAUUCACAAGUCCAAGAGCCAUUGAAGCAGUCUCCAAAUGCUGGGAUCCAACACGGUUUGUGAUAUGGAACACAAAAAAAGUUUACACAAUAGGUGAUAGUAGUUGUCACAAGAUUAAGCUGCUGCUUGGGUUAGAAGCAAUGGGUAUGUCUUCAGGAAAUGCUGAAAAUCUAGCUAAACUGAUUGUUCAAGAAAAUCCUGCUAACUCCAGGUUUUUAUUUCCAUGCGGUAACCUGAGAUCUGAGGUUUUGCCAACUAUUUUACAGUCAUCUAGCAUCUCAGUUGAUGCACUGACUGUGUAUGAAACAACAGAAAACAAAAAUCUAAGAACAGACUUGAUGGAACUUAAUGAGGCAGACUGUCCAUGCUGCAUGGUAUUCUUCAGUCCAUCUGGAUGUGAGUACAUACACCGCCAGCUACAGACCUUCAGCAAUGUUCUGUCAGAGUUGCCACACUUUGCUAUUGGCAACUCGACUGCUUACAAAAUUGAGAAUCUUGGGGUCGAAGUAGCUGGGAUUGCAGCCACCCCAAAGGCAGAAAGCCUGGUAGAGUCCAUACAAAAGUAUUUUGCAAAUGCAUAGAAUAGUUAAUUAAUGUUUUGGCUAAUCAUAAUAACACUUAGUAAAAAAUACUAGGUACUGAAUACUUGAGCAGAUUUUGUAAAAUUAUUAUUAUAAAUACCUACAAUCAUUAGUUUCUCAAUUUAAUGGUAUAAUUUUGUUAGUCUCUUGCAAUCGAAUGUAAAGUAAAAAAAAAUGUAAACAUGUAGUGGCAUAAGCCAUUAGCCACACAGCGCUAUUUAUUUUCAUCUACCACAAUACAUAUAUUUUAAACAAUGUACAUUCCAGAAUUGUCUAACUAAACAUUUUGUAAUCUCUUAUUUGGUGCCUUACAUGUAGGUAACUAUAGCCCUCUUCACUGAAAUUCUUGAAAAAUCUGUAUACCUACAACUAUAAAAUGGUAACUGUAAACAAUGCUAACCACUCUUAAAAUAUCAAUUUCCCUUUGUGAUGGCAUCACACAUGAACCGCUGUAAGUACUCAUUUCACUACUUCUAUUUUUUUUCUUCAGGUAACCUUUUAUAAAAUUCAUAAAAUAAACAAUUUUAAAAUUCACCUUGAAGGUCAUAAUACCUACCUAUUACUUAAACCUAUUUCUGAUUUUCAACUUAUGAUAGGUUCCUAUCUGUCAGAAGUUAGGAAUCAACAGCCAUACAAAGUAGUGGCAGUUAAUUAUCAUAAUAGUUUGUACCUAAUUUUUUAAACAUAAUACAGUUUUCAUGAGAGGGUAGUAUGAAUAGGUAUCCGUGCCUGUGUUAAGUUCCACAGUAAGCUGCGUAUCUGUCUCAAUAUUAAACAAACUUGUUUUACAAACAUGGUGUUGGUUGAUGUACAUUAUACUUUUUGAUAUAAA